CUCCUUCAACGCCUGCGCGAGCUCGUCGUCGUCGUGGUGGUGCUAGUGGUGGUGGUCCUGGUGCGAGGUUAGGGUGUGAGGAGGGGAGUGGGGAUGAGCAAGAGCGGGAGUCCCUACGCGGGUGCCAUGAGCAAUGGCGCUGGCGAAUUCGAGCUUCCGCAGGAGAUGCUGGCUGUGUUGCCUUCCGAUCCCUACGAGCAGCUCGAUGUGGCCAGGCGGAUUACUGCCAUGGCGGUCGCGGCCCGAGUUUCGAAGCUGGAAAGCGAGACGGGGAAGCUGCGCCAGAAGCUGGCGGAGAAGGAGCACCUGACUUAUGGUUUGCAGGAGCGCGUUGUGGAGGCGGAGAAUACCUUGCAGGAGACCAGCUCCAGGCUGUCGCACGCUUUGGAUGAGCAGACCAAGCUAGCAAAUGAGAAAAAUGCUUUGGCAGCUCAAGUGAAAAAGCUGAUGAGAGAUGUUGCGAAGCUGGAGACAUUUAAGCGCACACUUAUGCAAUCUCUUCAAGAAGAUGACGACCAUCCUUACGGUGAAGGCGGUGAUAAGCGAGGUGCAAAUUCAAAUCUGGCACUAAGGAGAGCAUCUCAAGCUGAAUCUACCGUAAGCAGAGCUCAGCUUCUGGAUGACGAUGGUCAAUCAGCUAAAUCUUUUAGUACAAGUUCCUCCGGAACCACUGAAGAGCGCGGUUAUCGAGAAGGGGCAGCAUUGAAGCCACCCACCCGUUAUCAAAGUUCUGCUCAUAAUUCUGCCCGAGGUACACCGCAUUUGAGCCCAAAGUUGACUCCUAGUGGAUCACCUAGAGGAUCUGGAAGGACUUCACCACGGAGGAGCAUGAGUUUGACUGACAACUCUCACAGAAUCUCACUCCCAUCAUCGAAACCCACCAGCCAGUCCACGACUGCCCCAAACUCCCCACCGAGUCACGGCUCCGAUCCAUCUCGGACACCCCGAGUAGAUGGGAAAGAUUUCUUCCGUCAGGCUAGGAAUCGUUUGUCAUAUGAGCAAUUUAGUGCCUUCUUAGCUAACAUCAAGGAACUCAAUGCCCAUCGGCAGACACGAGAGGAGACGCUUAGGAAAGCGGAGGAAACUUUUGGUCCAGAAAACAAAGACUUAUAUGCUGCCUUUGAUGGACUCCUGAGCCGCCAUCUUCCGUCGUAGGAAUCCUACCUGUUCGAUGUCUUCAGAGGCAUGCUUUCUGUUUUGAUAGUACUAAAGGUUAUUCAAAAGCCUGCUGAAAUUCUAAUGAUCACAUCAUACUCUAAGGUGAAGAACUUGAUUUGCACCAAAGGUUUCGAGUUGUAGUAAGCUGGUAUGUUAUAUCAUUUGCACCAAGGUGCACAAGAUACGUGGGAAGUCGCUAGCUGCCCGUCCUCUGUCCAUCCAGCUUAUGGUCUCAGCGAGUUGGUUUGGUAAGGUUCUUGUAUACAUGUCGUGGAAGGUUUUGUUCCUGGAACAGGCUGGAAGUUUUUUUAGCAGCAUUUUUUCUCCUCAUUGAGAUAGUUGUUAGCCUCUAAUACCAUCGUUGGCAGGCUAGCUAAUCAGAAGUUUACAUCUGUUAUUUUAGAUUUUGGUUCCUAGCCCAUUUCAGGACUGACACCUCUGGUUUCAGUUCUGGGUGUACUGUACUCCCCUUGUUCCGGAAACCAAAAUGAAGUCUCUAUUUGGGGACCUUAGCUUGAAAUGAUAUGUUCCUGAA